AUGGGGGACGGGAAAUCUCUGCGAGCAGGCUAUAAUUCCAUUACCUUCUGGAAGAGUAAGUUCAAGACCCUGUUGGCCAGGGCACUUUAUGACAACCGUCCUGAUUGCUCUGACGAGCUGGCCUUCUUCAGAGGGGACAUCCUGACCAUUGUGGAGCAAAAUGUGCCCGAAAGUGAGGGCUGGUGGAAGUGUCUGCUCCACGGGAGGCAAGGCCUGGCUCCUGCCAACCGCCUCCAAGUCCUCAAAGAGACCCCUGCAGACAGACCCUGUCCCCAGCUCCUGGACACAGACCUCACUGGCUCAGAGGCUCUCUAUCAAGUGCCCAGCUUGUUCUGCCCACCGCCCCCGGGGCCUGUGUAUGAGCCGAUGAAGAGCUGGGUGGAGGGGCCAACGCCAGCUACUGCCCAAGUCUACGAAUUGCCUGACUCGCCUUCCAGUGCCCGGAUCAUCUGUGAAAAGCCUCUGAGCUUCCCCAAGCAGACCCUCUACGUGCUUCCCAGACCCACACGGGCCUCGCUGCCGACUCUGCCUUCCCAGGUAUACGACGUUCCUGUCCAGAGCAAGGUCUCCUCCACCCUUAAGAUGCCAGAAAACCGGCAGUUCUACGACAUACCCACCAGCUCCCAGAAGGCAGCACUCCACUCCUCCGCCAGCCAGGCAAGUGGACAGAGUGUUGUGCUGACACCAACAACUGCCUUCAGACAAGAUGGUGGCUACAGAAUGUCAUCCAGCCCUCAGAAAUCAGAAUGGAUGAAUGAUGCACCAGUGUUGCUGGGAAAGGCCAACAUCAGAAAUGCACCUCUGACCAGCUUCACCAGAGAAUCAGGGUCCAGUGCUGUUCCAGGCUCCACCUCUGCUGUGCCCAUUGGAGCUGUGACCCACCCCCCACAGCUGGGGAGCACGGGCCAGAAGAGCAGACUUCCAGAGGAGCCUUCCUAUGCUGUCCCGGCACCCAGGGGCUCACUUCCUUCUGAUUCAGGCAGCAGCUACAGGGUCCCUUCCAGGUUUCUCAUUCCCAGAGUGGAGCAACAGAACACCAAGCCCAACAUUUAUGACACUCCUAAAACCAUGCAUGGUGUGUCUCAGGCUGGGAAGGAGCUGGAGAAAGUCAAAGAGGUCCCAGAGAAUAUCCCCUGGAUCUCCAGACACACAAAUUCCCUAUUUCCAGACUCAGACCAAUUAUCUGUUGCCAGCUCAGACAGCAGAGCUAGUGUGGUGUCUUCGUGCUCAUCCGUAUCCAUGGACUCCUCCCAGGGCUCCUCCUCAGAGGACUCGGCAAAAGAGCUAUGGAUGGACACAGAGUUUGCCAGAGAGAUGGCAAUGGCCCUGCAGCACAAAGUGGCCAGCUCUGUAGCGGGCCUGCUGCUCUUUGUAAGCAGGACUUGGAGGUUCAAGGACUCCUUGGAGGUCAACGUCCACACCAUCCGCAGGGCUGCUGACAACAUUGAAGAAGCCUUAAGAGAGUUUCUGGAUUUUGCCCAGGGGGUUGGUGAGACCGCCCGCAAUCUCACAGACAGCCAGCUUCAGGCUAGGAUUAGAGAUCAGCUCCAAAUAAUCUCGGGUUCCUACCAGACUCUACUGGACGCCAAAGGGAGCCUGGACCACUGCAAUUGGUCCCUUGAAGUUCUUGUGACGGACAAAGUCCAAAGCAACCUGGAUGACCUGGAGACGUUUGUCAUGGUGGCACGGAUGGUUCCAGAAGAUGUCAAGAGAUUUACCUCCAUUGUCAUUGCCAAUGGGAGGCUCCUUUUUAAACGGAACUGUGAGAAAGGAGAGACAGAGUUGAAGUGUGAAAAAUGCAGUCAGCCUCCCCAAAGAGAAACUGAGUCAUACCAAAAGAGCAGUCCCUUCAAUAAACAACUGGCGAACGAACGCCGCCUUGAGCUAGUGAGGAAAAACAGAGUGCAUGUCUGUGGACAGAAGCCACCUAACCUUCAAGAGAAAGGAGAACCCAUCUUGGAACGAAGGUCAGAUGAAAACAAAGAUUUCCAUGCCACGAGUCCUAGCUCUCUCAGCUCUCCACCUCCCAGUCGGCAGGAUGCAGACAGGAAGAUCCACCUGUCCGAGCACUGCAGGCUCUAUUUCGGAGCACUCUUCAAAGCCAUCAGCGUCUUUACCAGCAGCCUCGGCAACAGCCAGCCCCCCGAGGUCUUCAUCACGCAGAGCAAGCUGGUCAUCACAGUCGGGCAAAAGCUGGUAGACACACUGUGCAAGGAGACCCAGGACAAGGACGAACGCAAUGAGAUCCUGCGUGGCAGCAGUCACCUGUGCGGCCUGCUCAAAGACCUGGCGCUGGCCACCAAGAAUGCAGUGAUCAAGUACCCGAGCCCCAGUGCCCUGGGCUGCCUCCAGACAGAGGUGGAAAAACUGGAAUAUCAAACGCGCAAAUUCAGAGAGACACUGGAAUGAAGCCUUUCUAAUGCCUCCUGUAGAGGUCAAAUCCUGGCUAGCUUCACACCCACAGAGGGUGUCUCUCUGUCCUGUGGGACAGCCAGUCAGAUGGGCUGAAACAGCCACAGUCCUUGGAGCUGGUAUUAGUAAGUGGCUGAGCCUCCGAAGGACACUGGCUGACCACAAGGAGGUCAAG